AUGGAAGAUCUCAAAAAAUCAUUGAGAGGACUAUCAAAAGAUCUUGAGAACAAGUUUGAGGAAUUAGAAAGCAUACAAAAUGGUCUAGAUCCAGACUCUCUUGAAGUCUCUUAUGAUGGAAAAAAUCCUGAGAAUGAGUUUGAAAGGAAAGUUGAAGAAAUUUUAGCUAAAAUCAAAGAGCAAGCUGAAGAAAUGAAUAAGAUUGCAGCCAGCCAUAUAGAGAUUUCUUUGAGCAACCAAUAUUUGAGUGAUUUCAGAGUGAAUUCUAAACGAUUUUUGGCUAUAAAAAAUAACAUCCAACAGAAACGAUGGCAGCAAAAACUAAUGGGAAAAGGAUUGAAAGACUCCACAGAUGACUCUCGCUUGAGCAUUUUAUUCAGAGAAGGCCGGAGUCUUGAUAAUUCUAUAGAAAUGGGCAAAAAUGUGUUAGCGACGACUCAAGAAGUGUCAAAUUCGCUUGCUUAUCAAAAAGAAAAGCUUACGUCAGCAUCUGAAAAAGUUGUCAGAUUUGCUGAAACUAUUCCUGGAAUAAAUGUUCUGUUAGGCAGAAUUUCGCGCAGAAAACGAUUUAAUGCAAUAGUGAUUGGAGUAACUAUAUCAGUGUGUGCCUGCAUAACUUUAAUAUAUGUUUUAUAG